UAGUUGUACGUGCACUGUGAACAUGGACAAAAAUUAUGUAACGCAGAUUACAACUUUAAGCAUUUUUUUAUUGCUUUUAGAUGCGACGUGGGCGUCAUUCAACAAUGCUAAUGACUUAUUUCAACUGCAAUUUCCGGGUGCUUCUGCUCCAGGCCAGUUGGAGCAGUAUGCCGAUAACAUUCUCACCAUGACAACGACAAACAAUGAGCAAUAUCAGUGUAUUGUUCCACCUGAAAAUGACCCCAAUGCUCAAGAUGUUCUGUCAUAUGAUGGUCCAUCAGCCAAUAAGCUAAUGGAACCUCUAUUGAAAGGGGGAUCCUGCACCCUAAGGGUUGAAACAUAUUGGACCUAUGAGCUAUGUCACGGCAUGCACAUACGACAGUUUCAUGAAGAAAAACUACCAGGAAGGGACACAAAGAGACAAGAAUUUUUUCUGGGAAAAGACUUUGCAUUCCCUCAGGAUGAGAAGUUUGCGAGUCAGAAUGUGUCAACGAUUAAAGGUCCAGCAAAAGAUAUCAAAGUACCUACUAUAUAUCUGGACGGAAAGGACAUUCCCUACUUUGAAGUCAUCAUGGGUAAUGGCACUGCAUGUGACCUGAAGGGCAAUACACCAAGAAUGACCAGGGUGAAGUAUGUGUGUGACAAGAAUGGCCGAGGAGACAUCUUAUCUUUGAAGGAAACUAGUACAUGUGAAUAUGAAGUAAUUCUCUUCUCAACACAUCUAUGUAGUCAUCCCCUCUACAGAUUGAAGGAAUCUCCAAUCAAUAUGAUUCAGUGCCAUGCUAUGGAUGGUUCGCCUGUUCUUCCUGAAGCAUAUGAAGCUCUUACAAGGAAAGACAAUAUACAUCAUGUGAAUCAACCAAAGCAAGCUGAGACAGAUACUGAAACAAAAAUUAUCCAAUCAGUGGACAGAGCUACAAGAGGACCGGUCACAUCUCUGGCCGAUGACCAGCUGUUGAGAGACUUUCUACGGGGAGACUACUGCCUCAAUGGUGGCCAAGGAUGGUGGAAGUUUGAAUUCUGUUAUGGAAAAUAUGCUCAGCAAUAUCAUCAGGAUAAAACAGGAAAAACGAUAGUAUUACUAGGUGCUUGGGACGAAGAUGCUCAUAAAAAAUGGUGGGCUGAUGCCAAAACAAAGACAAAAUCUUCAACAAGCAGUACCAAACAAGUCACUCAUUUUUAUUCUGGAGGCGAUAUGUGUGAUUUAACAGGGAAACCUCGACAAGUUCAGGUGAAAUUAAAAUGCAAGGAAUCGCUAGGUCAGCACGCUGUCACCAUAUAUCUUGUAGAACCAUAUACAUGUGAUUAUAUUUUAGGGGUUGAAGCUUCAAUUAUUUGUCCACUCUUGGAUUCAGCAGAUGAAUAUGGACUUUUACACACCGACGUACCAAAACCCUGAUCGUGUCUUCCACAAGAUGUGAAAUUAAAGUACUUUUACAUUCUGUGAAUGUUGGAAUGAUAAGUAUUACUGAACUUUCAAGCAGCAGGACAGUAUGUAUCUCAUCUUGGUCUAUGACACGAUACCUUCUAGGAUUGUUUCGUAAACCUGUUUGUAAAUCAUGAACAACUUUACAAACAACUGGAAUAUGGAAAGCAAGAAUGGGUUUCUUUUUAAAAAUAUUUUUAAGUCAAAAUGUUUAAUUUAACAUACUAGUGUUCAUUCCAUUAUAACUGUUAACAGUCAUCUCAGUGCAAAGGAUGUUAUUUGCCUUGAUGAAAUAUAGACAAUAUAAUAUAAAGACAAAUACUGGUAUUAGGAAAGACUUUUGGCUUAAUCUGUAGCACUUCUAAUUCCAGCUGUUUGUAAAGUCAGUAAUUUAACAAAUGACUGUAUAAACAGUCCCGCUUUUUGAUCUGGGGGCCCGUACCACACAGGACUUUGACCAACAGGGCUCAGCAGCCAAUCAUAAUAAAGUUCUCCAUGUUAAAGGCAAAUUUACCGUGAUUGUAAAUGUUUUGUACAGGCCUCUGGAUGGAGAUGGAAGUUAUGCUCUGGCAGGAUGACUUGUCAUUUCGUCUCUCCAUUUCCACCUCUCUCUUGUCCUCAGUCAUGCUGUGAAGUUACUUAGAACAAGAUGGGAAGAUGCAUUGGACAUCCAGCACAAACUAAAAUGACCUCCCAUCCCAUCUUGAAAGUUCCGUAGGAGUGGCUGCCUUUAAGUACUGCUAUCCUCUGUAAUAGUGUUUACACUAUGGGUCACAUGAGAAAUGCAGAGAUACCAACUGUUAUGAUUCUUUUGAUUAAAUAGUAUUAUGUAAAGAUUCUGGUUUAAGAAAAAUCUGCACGUUUCCUUUAAAAAUUCUGCUAAUCCAUUACGGUAUUACUUAUGUUUUAUGCGGAAAGUUUUGAAGUACAGGUAUUUCUGCUCAAGUCAACCUUCUGUAAGUUAAAGAGUAUAUAAUAUAUAAUCUGAAAUUUUACAUUUAUUAUCAUUCCUGAGAGAGCUUAAUAAUUUCACAGGGGUACUUAAUAUAAAAUCUAAACUAUUCAUAUGGGAAUUAGACAUGUAAGUAGUUGAUAGAUAUUUCAUAUUUGUAUGUUAAGCUUUCUAGAUCUCACUGAAGAUAUUGCCAUCCCAAUCUUACCAUAUUUUCAUUUCUGAUGUUUUAUGAUAUUGUCAUGAUGUACCUAACAAUUUAUUCAGAAAGUUAUUUUUUUAAUAUCUGGCACUUUUAUCCAAGCUUUACUGAAUAUUAUUUUGUUUAUCUGAUGAACUGAAGCCUAGUUAUCGAUUAAAAUAGGGUAUCUGAGUAAACUUUUUCUGAAUGCACACAUGUUGGCAUAUCACCAGAUUAGGACUUGUCCCCACAGCAUUGCUAUUCUGUGUCAAAUGUUGAUCACAUGGCAACUUGCAUGAGCAUCUUUUCUUUUCCAUGGUAAGUGAAUUAUGUAAGGAUCCUUGAUGAAAUUAUAGCUGAACUUUGCAAAAGUUGAAUCGAACUUGCAGAAGUUGUAUAUAUUCUUUUAUGAACUAUCAAGUAAAAAUUGCGUCUAUUAAAAUUGAUGCUAUGACAAUUAACGAUCCAGGGUUGUAUGUAGAUAUGAUAAAGAUAAUAGAUGUAUCUUUAUUGGAAGAAUGAGAUUUUUUUUAUUGUGCAACUAUCCACUGUCUUUCGUGAUAUUUCAAGUAAUAUGGUGAAAUGUACAACUUUAGAGGUUGAAAUAAACACAGUCCAAGAAUUAAUAGAAUCCUUAUAUAGUUGGUUGCUUAAAUAAGAGUGAAUAAUUGCUUCCUGUGUUCCUUGCUCCUACAAAUUAGUCACAAGGAAAAAUUGAAAUGUAAUGAAAUACAAUCGAGUUUGACAACCUAUCAGUUUCAAUACACGCCUGAAUAAAUAAAAACAUUUGAAGACUUAUCUGUACAAGCCCCCCCCCCCCCCGGAAAUAAUAUUGACUUUUGUGAUUGGGGGUGUGGGGGCUAUAUCAGUAUUAUUCUAUGAGUUGUGUAAAUUGUCAAAAUUAUAUUUUAGACAAUUAUAUGAAUAUGUAUUUUUUUUUACCUUUUUCAUUCAUAGUUUAGAUAAAUGUUGGUUAAUUAGAUGUUGAGUUCCCCAUACAGUACAAUGCACAUCAUUAAAACAAGUGAAGCUCAUACAAUGAAUCUGUACAAUGGGGUCCGUUUCAUAAAGAGUUGAACUACGGUAACUUUGCCAUUAUGGCAACUACAAUGGAAACCUUAUUUCUGAAUGAUAGCUGAGACCCGUUACUAUGGUAGUUGCCAAAGUAACGACAGUUGUAAGUCCUAAUUAUGAAAUGGGCCCAGAUCUUGUGGUACAAAGUGAGAAAUAAAAGCUUUUCUAUGAGCCAUAUAAUGGAAUGUAAUGCACAAAUGAAGGGAAUGAAUAAACCAUAUGAAGCAUAAUGCUGCCAAGGUGCAAGGAAUAACUUUGUCUCAAAGUUAGGUCAAAUUACUCAGUGAAAGAAAAUGCCAAUACACUUUAUCCAACAGGAUAGUCAAGAUAGAUGACUGGUUUGGACAGGAUGCCAAUUGAUUUAAGAACAAAAUAUACCCCCAUUGAUGAUGCCCCUUUCAUAAAUGUGCAGAUUCAGCCGUUUCAGUUGGAAAUAGGUGUGAAAGACUUUUGCUAUUUGUAUUCUUCUAUUGCAUUUAUUUUAAUGUAAUAUUUACUGCAAUAUCUUAUCCAUUGAUGAAUAUAUUGGAAUAUAUUGUGAUCAUGCUUUGGCCACUUUUGGAAGAAUAAAAUAAGUCUAUUC